AUGCAUUCUUCAAAAAAAAAAGAAUACCUCUACGAACUUUGCAGGAAACCAUCCACGAAGGCCGUUUACUUCGCCGACCCAACAGUGUUCGUCUUUUUCGCAUAUUAUUGUAAUAAGAUCGUUUUUCCGAAAACCUAGCUCGUCUUCAUCUUGACGAGCGAAGUCAAGCAAUGCUCGAGCCCGUUUAUGGCCUUCUCGACGCCCGGCGAGAAAGUUAUCGAUAUCGUGCGCAUGCGACUCCGGGCUAUAAUCGGCCUGAGUGAUUAUGUUCAUUUCCAUUUUCUCAUCACAGUUGAUGAAGUAGCGGCAGAUUUGAAGAACCGAUUCCUUUAAAUCCACUAGAAUUUCCGUUUGGCGAACAUUCUUCAGUUUUGGAUCAUUAUCACCCGCUUUCGAGUGGAAGAUUUGUUGGAUGAUGCUCUUAGAACGUGUUAGUUUUCGGCGUUGAACUUUUUGCUUAGGUAAGUUUGUGUCCGUGGACGUGUUCACAAUCAUACCUUGAUCGGCCAUUAAAAUUGCCUGAUGCUUCUUCCGUAA